CUAUAAUUGUGUGAAAGUCUGAGAAUAACUGAGAUUUCUAAUGAAGAUGAACCCAAAAUUCUGCAAUAGGUCAGUGCUUGAUGGUGAUGAAAGUAGGGCUUUAUCAAUAUCAAGAGGAAUUUUACGUUCUUUUGGGUUCUUAUCUGCAAUUAGCCAUUGUGAUUCAUCGACUGUAACAUCUCAAUCAUUAGGAUCUUAUGGGUGGUUUUUCUGACCUUGGAUAUCGAAGAUGAAAUCAUUCACAAUUUUUUUUACUCCAGAUUUGGGACAAGAAGCUUUUCCUUUUGAUUUACUGUAUAGACUGUUCUCACACCAGAACGAACUAUAGGGGACACAUUCAACAAAAACAAUUGGUGAGGUCAGUGGAACUGGAAGAAAGCCCUGGCCACAGAAGCAUACUGGUCAACCCAAGGCAUGGAACAUAGUGCGGCCCUCAGGGGUGGUGCUACCAUGCUUGGUCCUAAGGCAAGAAUUCAUGCUAUUAAGGUGAAUAAGAAGGUUAAUUGUCUAGGACAGAAGAUUGCGCUGUCUGCUUGUGCAGCAGAAAGGAAGGUUCCCACGCAUAAAUAAAACCAAGAACAUCAUGAACCACGUCAAACAAAUGGAGAAUACCAAGAAACUUCUGCUGGUGGAUGGCGCCCCCAUAAAUGAGAAGAUAAAGCUGGCUACACAACCUACAUUAAAUCAAUGAGUUGAAUGCCUACAGCAUCCUGUUGCACGAUACGUUGGUGAUGUCCUGUAAUGCUUGUUCGCCUGUCGACACUGGAGUAUGCUAUACCUCUUGUCUCCUCCCACGAGGAUCUAGGGUUUGUCUUCUCCAAAUUUGAGUUGGAUUCACAAAUUGACGAAUUUACCAUCUCUGCAAAUCUCUGAUCUUGCUCUGAGUUCGGAACCCUAGCUCCAAUGGCCAAAACAAGACCAGGGCUCUCUGCCAAGCCAAAACCGGGGAAGAAGGAGCU